CGGGAUCGUUUAGUCCAGGCGUGUGGUGUGUCUUCCUGCAAAAAUGCCGGAUCCAGCAAAAUCUGCUCCUGCUCCUAAAAAAGGUUCUAAGAAAGCUGUCACGAAAGUGCAGAAGAAGGAUGGCAAGAAGCGCAAGCGCAGCCGCAAGGAGAGCUAUUCCGUUUACGUGUAUAAGGUGCUGAAACAGGUGCACCCGGACACCGGCAUCUCGUCCAAGGCCAUGGGCAUCAUGAAUUCCUUCGUCAAUGACAUCUUCGAGCGCAUUGCCGGCGAAGCGUCGCGUCUGGCGCAUUACAACAAGCGCUCAACCAUUACUUCUCGAGAGAUCCAGACGGCGGUGCGCCUGCUGCUUCCCGGUGAGCUGGCCAAGCACGCCGUGUCCGAGGGCACCAAGGCGGUCACCAAGUACACCAGUUCAAAAUGAAGCUCCUGUUCCUGUCACCUAUUCCGAACCCAGUUUCGCCAAGCAUAUAAGCAAGACUUUCUUAUCCAAACUGCGGUCCGAGGAGUGGCAAACAAGAUAAUGACUGAGAGCUCAUUAUACAAUAAAUAUUUCUGGUGGUUUUACUAAAUGGCAGCAUAAGAAUCUAGAGAGUAUCAUUAUCAACCAAUCCAAGGAACUUUGCUUUGAAUGGCCAAAGCCAGAAACAGAGAGCGAAGCAGAACGAAUUGAGCUUGAGCAGUUCUUUACCGGAGAAGGCGAUGGCACCCCACUCCAGUACUCUUGCCUGGAAAAUCCCAUGGAUGGAGGGAGGAGCCUCAUAGGCUGCAGUCCAUGGGGUC